AUGUCGGACUUAAACAGCGAUUUAAGCGGCAGUGUAAAUUCAUCGGUGGUCGACCCUUCGACGGGUCUUGUAAAUACAGUUGAUAGCCGAGUUGCCAUCGUCGCGGAGACAGAGAUGUUGGAAACGAACGAAUUAGGCAGAAAGCGUCAGAAGACGGCUGACGAAUCCGAUCCUCUUAACGUGGUGAUUUCACAUCAGCAGUCUCCCACAAAAGGACAACCUACACCUCAGAUGCCCUCCUUUUUUCCAAAUUCUGUACAAUAUGUCACUCAGCCGACGAGCGCUCAAGCAAUGAGCUACCAUGGCCUUCUCUUGCAGUCACAGCACCAGCGAACACUUUCGCCACCACCACCACAGUACAACCAUGUACAGCCCGCCAACACAGCUCAGCAGACAUUGGCAACUAAUUUAGGCUCGAAAGUUGAUCGGCGAACGGCUAGCAGCCCUUUUCCCCAGGGAUGGGUGUCGCACCCCCUUUUUUCACAGGCUAUUCAGUAUAGUAUGCAACAACAGCAUCGUCAGCAAGCAUCAAUAGGAUCGACUGGAUCAAAUCCUUCGAAUAUGAGCAGUAUGAUUCCACUUUCUCUUCAAGGGAAUUUAUCGGGGGGUCAGUUGAUUUCUGGAAUGAUGAGGUCAGCUGCAGUAUCAGACGUGGCGCAGGCGCUAGAGCCCGGUAUGGUAGGUCGUCCGCCAACGCAGCUGUUUAUGAGUUGUGAUGCAGACUCUCUGUCGGAGUAUCAAUGUCUGGUACGGAGACAUAUCGAACUUUUUGAAGCCGUACGUGACGAUGUCGAAUCGAACGCUCAAGGGAGGAAUAGGCCGAUCAUUAUGGGUCAAGUCGGUAUUAGAUGCCGACACUGCACAAUGCUGCCUCCUAAGCAUCGCGCUCGUGGAGCCAUUUAUUACCCCACUAAGCUGCACGGUCUUUACCAGGCGGCACAGAACAUGGCGAGCAGUCACUUGUGUGAGCAUUGCCAGCACGUCCCCCAGCAGUUGCGGUCGGAGCUCUUGAAACUCAAAGAUCGCAAGUCUUCGGCUGGCGGGGGCAAGAAGUAUUGGGCGGAUGGUAUCCGCAUUUUGGGCGUCUUUGAAGACGGCGACGGAUUGCGUUUUGAAAAGCGCUAA